UAGCGUGAUACUAUCUUAUAGACCUCACUAUGAUUGAAUUGGGGCAAAUUCUCUCGUCAAUUUAAAAUAUCGUUGUUUCGCAGUGUAGCCACGGUCUACAUGGUAGCCGCAUCGUAUUUCGAACGGCUGUUUUAACGUAUUUCAUAGAUUGUGAGUUGCAAGAUUGUUUUAGUGCCUAAGCCAGAUCCUCUGCUUGUGUAUUUAUUCGUACUAACACAGCGAGCGAUGCCACCGGCCAUCGACAGGUUACGCAAGGUUGUCUCGUCCGGCAGUAACUUAAUAGGCUCCGACAGUGCUGAGGACCUGAGGAAAGACCCGAGAAGCCUAUGGAAGCUACGACUGAAGUUGGCGUUAGCAGUAAUGCUUGUGGCUACCGUUAUCUCUGCUCUAGUCGUGUUCUUCUCAAUUAAGCACCAAACCGUACCCAAACACGUUGCUGCUAAACAAGCACAUGCCAAAAUUCAUCCCACUAAGAAGCUACCACGUGCCGAGGUUCAUCCUGUUACUAAGUCAUCAUCCACUGUGCCAUCGGCAGUUUCCUCGAAUUCUAAGAAAAAACAUGCCGAAGACCAUCCCAUUACAAAUUCACCAUCCCUGGCACCUGCAACUCCCUCGGAUUCUAAAGAAAACCAACCCAAUCCGCAAAGCUCUAUAAAGGAUCUUCUUAAUUCUGUGGCGGACACCUGGCCCGAUUUAUGGAAUUCUCCAGAGGAUCUCCCUGAUUUUCUGGAAAACGAGGAGCACAGUAAACAAGAAGUACAUCGAAGUAUUUUGUAAAUCAUUUCAAGACCCCAGAAGUUAUGUUUGGCUACGGGAGAUAUUCUAAUGUAUGCCUGAUUGAUUGGUUGUCAAUAUUCGUCACAAAAUGCGCGACUCUAUUAUACGUGCAGCGAGGUGCGCGAUUAUGAUCCAGACCAAAUAGGCGCCUUCAGGUUAUUACGUCAAAAGAUCAUUUACGUCAAUGGCACAUUGCCAGUGAAAGAUAAUUCUAAGCCAAACAGCGAGGAUUCUGUUGAUUGCGAAGAUGUAUAGAUACGUCGAUUUAUGAAGAUCUAUACGCCGAACAGUAUCAUGGGGAUGACUAUAAGGUUUUUAUGACGGUAUGUAACGGUCAUAUACAGUUAUAAUGGAUGUCUCAGUAACGACCUCCUGAGUAUCACGAUUUCAUCGACACGCUGUUGAGUUCCGGCCAGUGCAUUCGAACGUCGGCUUUCGACGAAGCAAAGCAAUGUUCCGCUAGCUUUAUAAACAUUAAUAAAAUUCCAAA